AAAAAAAAAAGUGGAAAAGAAUAUGGUUGGAAGAGACACAGCUGGUAUGUGAAUUUAUUUGGUUAUUUUAGUAUUGAGUGAACAUGCGCUUGCCCCUCUCCACUGCUCAACUCACCACCACCACCACUACCACCAUCUCCUCAAUUUUGUUUACUCUCCAACUCAAUCAAUACUCUAAUAUAAUACAUACACCAUUACAGAUCUAAUUUAUCUAUAUCUAUGUCCACUGAAGCGCAGCGCAGCACAUCACAGCACAUGACUCGUCUUUGUAUAUAUGAGAUCAAACGAAUAAGUCUUGUUCCGUGACUCGGUUUUCUUUGUCCAUUUUUUCCUCUCUUCUCGCGCUACUGCUCUUCACGCAUCAUUACAUCUGUUCUUUUUUUCCCUCUGCUCUUCCUCUUUUCUCUACUGAAGACUUGGUCUAUGCUGCUUCUCUGACUUUCCACACCCACCGCUGUCCAUGAAUCGGACCUUGAGGGAAUCUGUUACCGGCGGCGGCCGCAAUUUUCCGCUCAACCACCGCCGCGGCCUCAGCAUCAACGGUGUUCCCAAUUCCAAGGAUUCCACCGAUGAGAAUUUAGAUCUCUUCUCCAAAAGCCGCCGCAGUCUAUCCGUCGCCUCCUCCGACGAGUCCGAUGUGCCAGUGAAACUGGGUAGAAUCUCAAUUGGAUCAGCGAAACAUGGGAGGAGUGGAUUGGACGAUUUAUUGUCUUCAGCUGAUGGAGGAAAGCACGACUAUGAUUGGCUUCUUACUCCUCCUGGAACUCCGCUGGUCCCUUCUUCGAAUGUAAAUGAAUCUCAAACUGGUCUUAUGGCUCCAAGAAGUGGUCCGCUGGUCAGAUCAAUCUCAACAGCCAAAGCCUCGCGGCUGUCAGUAUCGCAAUCUGAAAACAACCAUGCUGCUGCAAAACCAACUCGAAGUAGUUCGGUGACUAGACCUUCUGCUUCUAGUUCCCAAUACAACACCUAUUCCAAUAAAUCAACAUCCAUUCUUAACACAAGCUCUGCUUCCGUUUCAUCUUAUAUAAGACCAUCAACUCCUACCAACCGAUCCUCAUCUAUCUCAAGGCCUUCAACCCCUUCUUCCCGUCCAACAGUGUCAAGAUCUACAACUCCUGCUAGACCUCGUCCUGCUCUCAGCACAUCUUCGACAGACAGACCAAGACCAUCCCAGAACUCGAGGCCAUCUACUCCUACUUCUAGGCCACAAAUCUCUUCGAACAUGACUUCUCCUGCUGCUCGGACUACAUCAAGACCAUCAACACCUACUCGUCGAAAUCCCACACCAUCUUUAUCUCCUACUUCUGGACCUUCAACCCCUGGUGGGCGUAGUCUCACUAAUGGCCGCAGUGGUGCUUCAGUGUCUCGCCCAAGUUCCCCUGGUCCUCGAGUUCGGCCCCCACCACAGCCUAUUGUACUCCAUGAUUUUCCACUUGAUACACCGCCAAACCUCCGAACGACUUUGCCUGAUAGACCAGUAUCUGCUGGUAGGUCCAGACCUGGUGUUUCUCUCACUUCAAAAGGAAAUGCUGAACCUACGCCUGGUAAUGCUGCUGUUCCUAGGAGACACUCAUCACCAAUAGUCACUAGAGGAAGAGUUGCAGAACCCAAUGGACGGGGUCGAACACACGCCAAUGGCCAGCUACCUGAUGCGAUGGACUCCCGGAAAGAGUUGCCAGCACGGAAACCUGCAAAGAUAUCCACUGAUAGCACAGGGUUUGGCCGGACAAUUUCAAAGAAAUCACUUGACAUGGCAAUACGGCAUAUGGACAUAAGAAACGGCAACAAUGGUUUUCGUCCUCUUACUGGCUCAAAUCUAUUCCCUCAAAGUAUUCGAUCCACCAACCAGAAAACCCAACAAGGUGCAGCAUCUCCCAACGGAAGCCUGUCCAUCAAUAGUAAUGGUGCCAUUGCUGAAAAUGGACACCGAUUUUCUGAAAGUGGGAGUGAGGAAGACAAGUAUCAAUAUUCAGCAAAGUUGACCAACAUCGAUAUUUACGAAAGUUCCCGUUAUGACAUGAUUCUUCUCAAAGAGGAUUUGAAGAAUGCAAACUGGCUUCACAGUAUUGAUGAUAAGUCUGACCAAGGAUCAAUCUUUGAUAAUGGGUUUGAACUACCUGAACCGUUUGAACCUUUAUAACCUCAGGAAGAGCGUGGAAUCUAUUUUGACCGAAAUUCUUCCCUAAUUUUAUUUUCAAUUUCUUGGGAGAUAAAAAUGUGAUAUAUAAGCUGAGCUGCAUUCCACUAUUAUAAGCAAAAGUCAUAUUUAUGUAAUUUGUUUUGGUCCAUACAGAAUGAUUUCAGUUGAUACAUGCUCAAGGAUUAAAUGGUGUUUGCUGUGAUUGAUGGUUGUAGGAUAAAGUAUACCUGGAUAGCAGGGAAGUUUGGAGUGUAGAAGUUUUAUCUUUUGUUUGUAGUAUUACUGUGACACGCCUAACCUUGUUGUGAAUGCUAUUCUGUAUUAUGUUUCA